AUGACACCCAUAGUUCUCGCACACACCAAACGCAGACGCCGUAGAUCAGCUCCAGAGCUGCCACAGUCGGAAAGUUUCAAAUGCAUAGGAAUUCUUGACGAGGAGUCAAUGUUUGACAUGUUCGACCAGAUGUACAACACGCCUAUACUGACACAUAGACCGAAUUUGACAUACUACGAGAUGUGGUAUAGGAACCUGAAGCACUACGAUCACAUUGCGGCUAGUGUGAAUCUCUCUAGCACCUCCAGCUCAACUAGCAACGUUUUCAAAUUCACUCCUCACAACAGCCCAGUCAUCAAACAUCAUAAAAAUAUCGAUAGAGGUAGUGAUGGAAGCUUUAGUAGCAGUAUUUUUGAUAAUCUUUCUAUGCUUGAUUCACCUUCUUCUGCUCCAACUAGACCGUCGAUGCGCGAAGUUGUUGUCGAUGGCGAAAUUGUCACUAUCGAAUUCUCGCUCAGGAUUUAA